AUGAAUGUGGAACAGCAGGUGGAACACACUCUCCCCAGCUACAACACCAUACUGUGGUAUCAGCAGACCGUGUCCCAUCGCUACCCCAGACCGUAUCCCAUCCCUACCCCCCGUGUCCCAUCGCUUACCCCUGCCCGUGUUCCAUCGCUACCCCCGCCCGUGUUCCAUCGCUACCCUCCCGUUUCCCAUCGCAACCCCCGCCCGUGUCCCAUCGCUACCCCGCCCGUGUCCCAUGCGCUACCCCCGCCCGUGUCCCAUCGCUACCCCCGCCCGUGUCCCAUCGCCAGCCACGCCCCCGACCACCGUGUCCCAUGUCGCUACCCCAGACAGUGUCCCAUGGCUACCCCAGACCGUGUCCCAUCGCUACCCCAGACAAGUGUCCCCAUAGCUACCCCAGACCGUGUCCCAUCGCUGCCCCCGGACCGUGUCCAUGCCUCACCCCGGACAGUGUCCCAUCGCUACCCGGUGUCCCAUCGCCUGCCGUGUCCACUCGCUACCCCCAGACCGUGUCCCAUCGCUGCCCCGGACCGUGUCCAUCGCUGCCCCAGACCAGGUGUCCCAUCGCUGCACCCCAGACCGUUGUCCCAUAAACACUUGGACAGGGUGUCCCAUCGCUGCCCCAGACCGUUGUCCCAUCGCUACCCCAGACCACCGUGUCCCAUCGCUACCCCCGGACCGUGUCCAUCAGCUGCCCCCGGACCGGUGUCCAUCGCUACCCCCCAGACCGUGUCCCAUCGCUGCCCCAGACCAGUGUCCAUCGCUACCCCAGACCGUGAUCCCAUGCGCUACCCCAGACCGUGUCCCAUCGGCUGCCCAGACCGUGUCCCAUCACGCUGCCCCCGGACCGUGUCCCAUCGCUGCCCCGGACCGUGUCCCAUCGCUACCCCGGACCGUGUCCAUCGGCUGCUGGACCGUGUCCAUCGCUGCCCCGGACCAGGUGUCCCAUCGCUUGCCGACGGUGUCCCAUCGCUGCCCCCAGACUUGUCCAUCGCUGCCCCCGGACCGGUGUCCCAUCGCUGCCCCGGACCGGGUGUCCCAUCAGGUAUUACCCCGGACCGUGUCCCAUCGCUGCCCCCGACCGUGUCCAUCGCUACCCCGUGUCCCGCCGCUGCCCCGGUGUCCCCGCCCGCUACCCCCGUGUCCCAUCGCUGCCCCGUGUCCCAUCGCUACCCCCGUGUCCAUCGCUGCCCCCGUGUCCCAUCGCUACCCCAUGGAUGA